AUGGCUCUUGUUCUCAGGUUGUGUGUCUUCCUGAUCCUGCUCUCUGGCUUGGGGACCUCUCACUUUUUGAUAAACCCUCUGAGGAACCUCAGGAAGCGGAGCCUCCCAGAUACGAUUGUGGAUGGCAUCGAGAUAUACAGUACCAAGAUCAACUGCAAAGUGACUUCCCGCUUCGCCCACAAUGUGGUCACGACAAGAGCUGUCAACCGUGCAGACACUGCCAAAGAAGUUUUCUUUGACGUGGAGUUGCCCAAGACAGCUUUCAUCACCAACUUCACCCUGACGAUUGAUGGUGUCACCUACCCUGGAAAUGUGAAGGAAAAAGAAGUUGCCAAAAAGCAGUAUGAGAAAGCUGUGUCCCAGGGCAAGACUGCUGGCUUGGUUAACUUGCAGACAAAGGAGGCACUUUUCCAAAUCUUGAGUGAUAUGAAAAAAGAUGAUUCCCUGAAUUUUAUCCUGUUUAGUUCAGAUGUGAGCACUUGGAAAGAAAAUUUGGUCCCAGCCACUCCCGAGAACCUCAAGGCUGCAAAAGAAUUUGUCCACAACAUACAAGCCACAGGAGCAACCAACAUCAAUGAUGGCCUUCUCAGGGGCAUUGAGAUGGUGAAUAAAGCUCGAGAGAUGGGAAUUGUCCUUGACAGAAGUACAUCUAUAAUCAUCAUGCUGACAGAUGGGGAAGCCAAUGUUGGAGAAAGUAGAGUUGAAAAAAUUCAGGAGAAUGUGAGGAAUGCCAUUGGAGGCAAGUAUCCAUUAUAUAACCUUGGCUUUGGCCAUGAUGUCAAUUAUAACUUCCUGGAAAAGAUGGCUCUGGAAAAUAAUGGGGUGGCCCGACGAAUCUAUGAGGACUCUGAUGCCAACUUGCAAAUGCAGGGUUUCUAUGAUGAAGUGGCCAAUCCGUUGCUCAUCGAUGUAAACUUGCAGUACCCACAGAAUGCCAUCAGUGAUGUCACUCAGAAUAACUACCAGCAUUUCUACGAUGGCUCUGAAAUUGUGGUGGCUGGGAAACUGGUGGACUUUGAGACAAACAGUUUCGUUGCUGACGUGAAGGGACAUGGUGCCUUAAAUGACCUGACCUUCACAGAAGAAGUGGACCUGAAGGAGAUGGAAAAAGCCCUUCAGGAGCAAGAAUACAUCUUUGGAGACUACAUUGAGAGACUCUGGGCCUACCUCACAAUUGAACAACUCCUAGAAAAGCGGAAGAAUGCUCAGGGGGAGGAGAAGGAGAACCUGACAGCUCAAGCUCUGGAACUGUCUCUAAAGUACCACUUUGUGACACCACUGACAUCCAUGGUGGUCACCAAACCUGAAGACAAUGAAGAAUCAGAGGCCAUUGCAGACAAGCCUGGGGAAGAAGUGAAGGCUGAUCACAUCAUGCAAACCUAUGCAACCCAAGUCAAUUACCAGCCUCCAUCCACUCCCUAUUACUUUGUGGAUGGAGACCCACACUUUAUCAUUGAAGUGCCCCAAAAGGAUGACGCUCUCUGCUUCAACAUUGAUGAGGAGCCAGGGGUGGUGCUGAACCUCAUCCAGGACCCAGACACAGGGAUCACAGUUAAUGGGGAGAUUAUUGGAGAAAAGAAAGCCAGUUCAGAAACAACGAAAAGAAAGUCAUAUUUUGGGAAACUUGGGAUCAUUGACCCACAAAUGGACUUGAAGAUUGAAGUGACAACACAGAAGAUCACUCUGUGGAGUGGAGGGAGAAGGAAUAGCUUUUCCUGGAUGGACACAGUCACUAUCACACAGAAUGGUCUGUCAGUGGCCAUCAACAGGAAGAAAAACAUGGUGGUCUCCAUUGGAGAUGGAGUCACCUUUGUGAUUGUCUUACACCCAGUGUGGAAGAAACAGGACUUCCUUGGGUUAUAUACAGUUGACAGUCACCGGAUGUCAACACGAACACAUGGACUACUGGGACAAUUCUUCCAUCCUUUUGACUUUGAAGUUUUUGAUGUCCGGGCAGGUUCUGACCCCAAGAAGCCUGAUGCCACAAUGAUAGUGAAAAAUAAUAAGUUGACAGUCACCAGGGGUUCACAGAGAGACUAUAGGAAGGACUCUGGCCAUGGUUCCAAGGUCUUCUGCUGGUUUGUCCAUGACAAUGGAUCUGGGCUGAUUGAUGGUGUCCACACUGACUAUAUUGUACCUGACCUAUUCUACUCCAGUCCAACUCACUUCUAAUCAGAGAAACAGACAAAAGACUGGAUUCCAAGAGAUAAAAUAAAGAGUGGUUUGGC